AUGAUGCACAGAGAAUCUUGUGCUUGCGGGACGGAUAGUCUGGAACUGUUUAAAGUUCCCCCGACGAACGUCACUAUAGAAGACUCUAAAUGGAUGGAAUAUUAUCCGAUUUCCAGUACUCUGAAUUCAGAUACAGCUCCCAUCGAAUUCGAAAUCAAAGGACAGGGAGAUGAAUAUCUGGAUUUAUCUCAAUCGUAUCUCCAGAUGACCUGUAAAUUUACCAAAGGAGAUGACACAGCUCUCACGGGAGGCAAUUCUACUUCCACUCCCGUCAAUAACAUCUUACAUUCCUUAUUCAGCGAAAUCGAUGUGAGUCUCAAUGGAAAAGUCAUCACCCCGGGAACGGAUACUUAUCCGUACAAAGCCUACUUGGAGAAAUUACUGUCUUAUAGCCACAAGACUCUGAAAACCCAGAUGAAGGCCUGUACCUUGUGGGAAAAAGAUACGGCCGGGCACAUGAACGAAGUCGGGUUAGCCGCUCUGACUCAACCUGACAAGCAAUUCGCCGUAGCCGGUGAUACACUCACCAUCAAUGCCGUCAUCCCUACCCCGGUCUAUCCCGAUAAUUCCAAGAACGUGGGGUUAAGAAAACGUCACGAGAAGAUAGAUAACAGUAAAGUCAUCGUGUUGAUGGAUCGUUUACAUCUGGAUUUAUUUCAGCAAGAGAAAUGUCUGCCGAACGGAGUAGACGUCCGUCUGAGAUUCAACCGCACCAGGUCUCAAUUCUACAUGAUGACCGCUGCGUUGAGUAGUGGCAAAGUGGCCAUUCAAAGUAUGAUCUUGUGGGUGAGAAAAGUCAAACCGAUUCCUAACAUCGUCAAUCUGAUCAAUCAACAGCUGAGUACUCAAACGGCUAAAUAUCCGUUGAGAAGAGUGGAAGUGAAAACGUUCACCAUUCCCACCGGCACCCAAUCGAAAAUCACCGAUCACCUGUUUCAAGGACAGAUGCCCAAACUGAUUCUCUUGGGCUUCGUGGAAAAUGCCGCCUUUAACGGCGAUAAUACUAAAAAUCUGUUUCAUUUCAAAUAUCAGCAAGUCAAGAAAUUAGAAGUCAGUAUCAAUGGAGAACUGAUAGAAACCCGACCCCUGGAACCAAAUUUCAACGACGAUCAGUAUCUGAGAUCGUAUCUGACCCUUUACAAAGGCCUGGGAAAAUUAGGACAGGAUUGGGCCCCGGACGAGUAUAAAAAGGGAUACACUCUAUGGUGUGUGGAUUUCACCAAAGAUCAAGAAGCUCAGACCGAUAAAUUUCAUCUCAUACAGACGGGGAACCCGAGAGUGGAAGUACAAUUCACGGCCGACGUAGCGGAGACCUUGAACUGCGUUGUGUAUGCCGUCUUUGACAAUUUGCUAGAAGUCAACAAACAGCGAGAAGUCAGCAUCGAUUACUGA